GGAAUUUGACAAAGUCGGUUCCUGCCCAGUAUCCACCAAUUUCAAGAUGUCGACAGUUCCAAUGGAUAACCGACUGCAAGAGUUAUUCUCAAGGGCCUCGACGCCUCCCCAGAAUCAACCCAACCCGACAUCGGCGGCACCAGCAGCCCAGCAGCCUCCCAACAACUCUUCUUCUGAUUUAAUCGACUCUCUGUUUCAUCAUAUUAUGGUCCCUCAGGAUCACCAAUCCCAGCAAUCGGGAAGCCUGGAUGCACCCGUAGCAGUCCCUGAACCCAAUACCGUUGUCUCUGCACCCAUCUCUCCAGCUUUGCCCUUGACGGACGAGCCUCCUACAGUUUCUUCUUCUGCCUCAGCUCCAGGAACGUCUGCGACAACAGUCCAGGAGCGCCAAAGUGCCUUGCUUUCUCUUCUCAACCAACCCUCGUCUUCCGCUCGCCUGCCCCCUGCUCAAGCCGCUCAAGCCGCUCAACAACCUCAACAAAUCCCAACCCCUCCAGGAUCAUCCCGAUCCAAUGCUUCCCCGUCUCAUACAGAGAAUCAGAAGAUUUUACUGGAGCAGCUGAUGGGAAGUGCCGUCCCUCGGUCCAACGUCGCAGACAAUCAACGCGGCCCUGCACCGUCGGCCCCUUCACCUCCGUACAACCCACCUCCUCCCCGCGAUGGGGAAUACCGACCUUACAAUCAGCAUGAUCAGUCUGAGCUGUCGCCGAGGCUGCAGCCCGUCGCCCCUGGACCUGUCGUCCAACCCCCGCCUCCAUCCCAACCAACACCUCCAGCUAUCCAGCAGCAACAGCAGCAGCAGUUCUCUCCUCCCCAACAAACUCAACAUGUCCCACUCCCUCCACCUCAGCCUCAGGCUAUGCCUCAGCAACUUCCGAACCCUCCUUCGCCCCGUCGCUCCAUGUUCGAGUUCAUGUCUCCCUUUGACCAUCUUUCCUCUACGACUGGUUCUAUCAAGAAGAAGCCUGUGCCUACACAGUCUGCCAGCGCUUCCAGCACCAACGACGAUUCAUCGUGGACUCACGUCACCGAUCCCAAGCGACAGUCCAUGGAGAAUCUUUUGGACACCUUGACUCGCGGGGCUCCAUUGCAAACUCAACCUGUGCAGGCACAGAACAAUCAGUAUGAGCCAUAUGUCCAUGAUCACGGUUAUCCCAUACAACCAGACCCGUACAAUCAAGCUCGCAUUCCUCCCCCUCCCCUUCCACCGAAGAUUCCAGUUCAAGGACCGCCCCACCGCACAUCCUCCCCAAGAGGCUCGCCGCCCAAGUCGCAAGCACGCGCACCCCAACAGCAAGUCGUUCAGGCUGCCUCGAACCUGAAUCGUCGCGAUAAAGAGGGCUCACCUGGUCCUAGGAGUGGUAACAGGAGCAAGAAUUUGAACUUCCACCAUACAAAGACCGCUAACAAGAACCAGUCAAGCCCAGUUCCCCAGACACAAACUAUUCUCUUUGACGUUGCGAAGAUUAACGAAGACGUUCAGGCCCCGCGGGACUAUGUCAAGUCGACCGCCAUUGCGCUGGUUCGCCAAGAGUCGGUCUUCUUGCCAGGAAGUACCAUCGGGGCGACGCACUGGGUGGCCUAUGCGAUGACCAGAGGUCGCGUUCGCGUCAUCUCUCGUUCGAGCGGCGACCGCACCUUGCUUCAACUGCCUAAUCUCUUCCCUUCCACGACCAGUGUCAUCGACAUGGCUGUCUACGGUAACCGUUUGGCAGGUGUUACAUCCGAUGGUGGGUUUGUUCUCUGGGAACUGCCCGAUCUGAUCACGGACGAUGUUCCUGGUGACUUGUUGCUCUGUAUACCACCUACCAAUAAUCCUGUCGAUGCCCUUCGUGCUGUGAAGUGGCACCCAAAGGAGCCUGGUACUCUCGCCAUUGCGUCUGACAGCAAAAUUUAUGUCAUCCAUUUGACCGAUAUCGCCAACCUGCAAGGUCCUGUUCCUCAUGGCGACUUGCACCACAUCGGGCAGAUGUAUGGCGUUCCUUCGAUGAUUUGCGCGUUCGACUUUGACCCUCUUCAUUAUUCGCUUGCUGCCAUUACAGAGGAUUCAACGCUCACCAUGUGGAACCUCCAAGAUACUAUCCCAUAUGCGACUCACAAGGUUCGAGGCGAAGACAUCCCGUCUUACCUUGCCUUCGUCGACGGCGGGAUUGUGAUUGGAAGGAGGAACGGGACAAUCUUCCAGUUGCUGGCUCAUUCCACCAAGUCUGUGCUGUCGACGAUCAAGUUUAUUAAUAGCCAGCAAGAAGACCCUGACAUGUUCGGCCACGCUAACUACGACAGCAGGAUCCAGACUCUCUGGAUUGCGAACAGCCGCCGCGAAAGUAUAAUUGCCUGCAAGCUCAACAUCGAAUCGUCAUACGUCAAUGGAGAAGAACAGGUUCGCGGCCAAUUUGAGCAGGUCGUAGAGUUCACGGGUCCCAAGGCCACCAUUCACUUUGUCAUCCUCACCGGCGAUUCCGAUCCUCAUGGUGAUGAAGCCCACGCUGCUUGCAUCGCUGCGAAGCUUCCUCCUGGAGAAUUGGCGUUGGUAGCUUUCUCUGUACACUCGAGUGGUGUAGAUCAAGUUCUCAUUCGCAAGGAGUGGUUCGACUCCGCACUCAUGACAGCGGGCGCGCGAUACCCUGCUAUCGAGCUCCCUCCACCUGUUGCACGCAUUCCCUCGCCGACCGACUCCUCUAUUACCGCCACCAAGCCAUCUCGCGGACCGCUCCCCAUUCCUCCCACGGGAGCUCCCUCUCAAGUACCCAUCAACAUUCCUUCUGCCCCCAAUUCUGGCAUCUUCCCACCUCCCCGGGGCCGCACCCCACCUACCGAUCAACAGGAAGACGACUUCAAUAACAGGGGAGAAGAGGCUCGCGCCAACGAAGGCAAGGGCAAGGCCAACAAGUCAAAGAAUGUUAACUGGAAAGAGAAGGAUGAUGGCAAGGACAACCACAGUGCCGUGGGCGGUGGUCACAAGGAUAAAGGCGCCAAAUCGAGCGACAGCACACUCAUCACUGAUCCACAACUCAGUCAAGUGUUGUCCAAGGAGAUGAAAAAGACUGAGGACAGCCUUCACAACCGCAUCAGCCGACUUAUCUCUAAGGAGAUGGACAAACAACACCAACGUUUGGAGGAUGCUAGAGCCCACGAACAAGCCGAGGACUUUGCGCGCCAGGAAAAGAUCCUGAAGCUCAUCUCCACGGAGCUCACUCGCAAUACUACAAGGGUCGUCGAGAUGGCCGUCAAGAGCGAAGUACAGAACUCUGUCUUGCCAUCGCUCGAGAACAUCACCAAGAACGAGGUCAAGACGGCGCUCAACGAGCAGGUUGGCCGGGGACUGGUUGAUGUCAUUAACCAGAGCUUGCCUAUCGAAAUCGAGAAGUUGUUCACAAGACCUGACAUUAGCAACCACUUCGCCCACGUAAUCUCGGCCAACUUGACGCCGCUCAUUGAACGUCAGGUCAAGGAUGCUGUUGUGAAGGCGUUUGUCCCUGUAUUCUCUCAACAGGCCUCCUCCUUGCACCAAGAGCUCAUCAGGGAGGUUCGGGGCGAAAUCAAUGGUCUGAAAUCGGAACUGAACGCUUGGAAGAACGACGCCCUCCGUGGACAUGAGAGUUCGCUUCGCGACCUCGAGCUCACUGUACGGUCAUUGUCGGACCAAGUCAAGUUCUUGUCCAUGAACCCGGUGAACCCGCCCUCGUCCUCUCAUCACCAUCUGCAAGGCCCACAACCUUCUCAAGGAUCACCAGCAGGAUCGAUUCAACCUGGCAUUGGUCAGCAAGCUCAUCGACAAGCGCCGGUAUCCGGCCCCAACCCACAGCCCCAGCCCUAUUCACACCCUCACCCUCAUCAGGUCUACCAGCCUGUUCCUCCGCCACAGCCACAGCCUGCCCCUGGACCUGUCCAUCAGCCAUGGUUCGGUAUCGCAGCUCCUCAAGCCUCCCAUCCUGCCACCAUCCCCCAGCCUCUGCCUCAGCCCCAACCGGAGCGCACCCCGCCCAUCAAGGCCGACCAGUGGGACGAGAUCUACCUUGGAGUUUUGCACACCCAGGACGUAGACAAGCUUCGCGAUCUUUUGGGCCACACCAAUCCUGACCUCAUCAUGCCCCUCAAUGGGCAGCCUCUCGUAUCACAAGCAGUCGUUCUGACCCUUGUUCAUCGAUUGUCUUCAAUCGUUGCCGACUCUCCACCUAAUGAUGAGUGGUUCAAAUCUGCAUUGUGGUGGUUGCAGCGAGCUGUUGCCGUCCUUCGUCCCGACGAUCCUCUAAUUACCGACUUCAUUCCACGAGUCGUACCUAACGUUAGGCAGCUUAUUAACACGACGAAGCAGCGAUUGACCAUCCUUCCUGGCGGAGGGCCCUCGACUAUGGAAACAGCUCGCACCUUGUCGGAUAUCCACGAGACUCUCCGCAGAAAAGGCGGACCUGGGACAUCCUCGCUCUAACUCUCGAACCCGCCUCAUUUUCAGAUUGCGAACGAACUCACCUCGAACAAACGAACAAACCCAUGAACAUAACUCUAUAACCAUGAUGACGACGCUCUGACACUACUGGAAUACAGAAAAACAUUCAUAUCGUUACGACCCGUUCACGACCUUGUUACGACCCCUGCCUCGAUCUGUCGCUCCUUCUUCCGACUCCUGUACAUCUGGGUACCAUUCUUGACCUUGGAAAAAAUCCUUCGACAUUCCUACUUUACACUUCGCAUAACAAAAACAACUCCCGCUUACACAACCCUCUACUUACCAUGAAAAAAACCUAAACUACUGCUACCCCAGCCCGUUUCUCGGACUUUCUACCGUUGGCUCUUUGCUUUCCUCCUCUUCCUAUUUUCUUCCCUGGUUACUAGCUAUCGGUGUAACUGUCGCUUUU